GAAGAAGCUUAGAACCAACAGGUGGAGCUUUGAGAGUGAACCAGCUCAGAUUAGCUUGUGGGAACAUAUUGAAGUGCAAUGCUCAUGGUCCUACUAUGAAUCUUUUUGAAAGAUUUUCUAGAGUUGUCAAGUCGUAUGCCAAUGCGCUUAUAAGCUCCGUUGAAGACCCUGAAAAGAUCCUUGAGCAAAUUGUUAUUGAAAUGAAUAGUGAUUUGACCAAGAUGCUUCAAGCCACUGCACAGGUUUUGGCAUCACAAAAGCUGUUGGAGAACAAAUAUAAAGCUUCAAAGCAAUCUUCUGAUGACUGGUACAAAAGGGCACAACUUGCUCUUGCAAAAGGAGAUGAGGAUCUUGCACCUGAAGCCCUUAAACGAAGAAAGUCCUUUUUUGUAGGUUCAUUCUCUUGUUCUCCAGUUUUUUUUUUUACCAAGUGUGCUUAACCAGUUAAAGGAGGCUGUGAAAGCCUCGUCUCCAUUGUCACAUCUCCGUGUCUCCGUCACACCUUGCUCGCUCUCUAUCUCGUCUCCGGUGGCAAGGCAGAGCAACGUCGAAGGCGGUGGUGCCAAUGAGGUAUACUGCAAUUUGGUUUUUCCUUAGAAAUGUAGUCUCUGGGUUAAUAUGUAUGUACGCUAGUGAGUUGCUGAUUCUGUUAUUAUGUAUUUGAAGAAAAACUCGUUGAUGAAUAAAAGUUUUCAUAUUC